AUGUCGGCUCUAUCUUCUCCAGCGCUCAGCUUCUGCGACACACUUUCAUCUCCAGAUCUUGAUGCCUACCUGGACAGUCUUUCACCUCUAUCCCAAUUACCCUCGCCUGCCAUGAGGGAAGCUUGGUGGAGAGAGGAGAAUCUACACGAGAGAUGUGAUUCGCAGAGACCCGACAUCUCAUGCUCUUUCACCGUAGCAGCAGACGUGCUGUGCAACAUCACCACAUGUGACAGCUGUAGCUCCAUAAAACCACUGCGGUCCAUGGUCUCAAGGUUCUUGAACAACUCUCGAGUACCAAUGGAGACGGUCGCGUUGGCCUACAACAUUCUGUCUCGACCAGCCGUUGCUGGUAUCCACUGCUGGCACAGCAACCCGGAUACAUUUGCUUCCGCCCAGUCGCAAUCGAAGAUUUUGCAAAUCCAUGGCCCAGAAUCGGACGCCUCUUGUCAGCGAGCACUGGUGAUCUUGUCGUCACUGAGUAUCGCAGUAUCCUUCACAGAGGACAGCACAAGGAGCAUAUUCCACUGGUCAAGACAAAUCGCCGAGGGCAUCUUUAGCACUGAGCAAAUCAGCUCGAUGAAUCGUAUCGUUCUUGCCAAGCUAGAGUGGUCAAUCCAUCCCCUUGCAGCACCGGCGGCAAUUGAGGCAGCACUCACGACUCUUUCGGGCUUACAAGCAGUCGAGCACACGAAGACGUCGUCUCAGUCGCCGUGUGUGGUCGAUGAGGAAGAAUCUCUCAGAUUAAUUCUCGGCCUUCGAACUAUCUCGCAGCACGGUCUGGUCACGCCAGAGCCUUCGCCCAAAUGUAUCCAGGAGGGCGGUGACUUGAUGCAUAUCUAUCUGCCUGCGAGUCCAAUGUAA